AUGUCACGAAGAGCCAGCCACCUUGAGGAUGACAAUCUCCGAGUGGAGACAGGACGAGCCUUUCUUCAUGAUGAUGAUGGUGGUGGUGGUGGUGGUGGCGAAGAACCAACUGGUCCGACUGCUUAUUACAAUCAAGAAGAUGAAACACACAUGAAGAAACAACGACUACGACAAUUCUUCACCUAUUUAUGGAUUGGAAUUUCUGCGUUCAUGGUUCUUGCUUUAUUUACAGUGUUGGUGGUUCUUAUUGUUUAUAAUGUAAAGAAUCCAUUAAAACCACCCAUUCACGAGACGCCACUUAAUUCGACAGUGAUUCUUGUGUCCAUUGAUGGAUUCCGAGCACAAUAUUUGACACAAUGUAUGGCACAGAAUUAUUGUGAAAAUUUGAAACAGUUAGUGAGGAGUGGAGUGUCAAGUUCGAAAGGAUUUAAACCAAUCUUUCCAUCAAAGACAUUUCCGAAUCAUUAUUCGAUUGUGACAGGAUUGCAUGCAGAGUCUCAUGGAAUUGUUUCGAAUACUUUCUUCGAUCAUUCUUUCAAUGCAGUUUUCAAAUUAGGAAGUGACGAAUCAUUCAAACCAAGAUGGUGGCUCGGAGAACCCAUAUGGAAUACUGCUGAAAAACAAGGAGUCAUUUCUGGAUCAUUCUUUUGGCCUGGAUCCGAUGUGGCCAUUCAAGGACGAUAUCCUACCUAUUAUAAAGUAUACGAUGGAUCUGUUCCGUAUUCGAAUAGAAUUAACACAUUACUGAGCUGGUUGGAUGGAAAGGAAAAAGUUCCACAAUUAUUAUUGACCUACUUUGAAGGAGUGGAUUCGAGUGGACAUUCUUAUGGACCUGACUCGAAUAAUGUCAUUAAUGCUAUUCGUGAAGUAGAUGAAAGCAUUGGAUUAUUAAUGAAUGGCCUCGAACAACGAAAUGUCUCUCAAAACGUUGAUCUUCUCAUUGUGAGUGAUCAUGGCAUGGCAACAACACCUUCUUCGAAAAUUAUUCGAGUUUCUGAUAUUUUAGGACGUGACAUUAUUGAUGGCACCAAAGUGAAGAAUUUCAAUAAUGGACCAUUUUUUGAUUUUUAUUUUCAAGAUGCGUCACAAAUUGACACCAUUUAUGGAGAAUUGACAACUUCGAUUGCAAAUAGUGCCACAUUUUCAGAUGGAAUUCAGGGUGUUUAUACGAAACAAAAUAUGCCUUCUCGUUUUCACUAUGCCAACUCGAAUCGAAUUGCUGAUAUUAUUAUUUUAGGAAAAGUUGGAUAUUCCAUUUUGAGAUCAUCCUCGAGUUUAUUGUAUGGAAAUGGAAAUCAUGGUUAUGACAAUGAAGAGCAAGAUAUGAGAGGUCUAUUCAUUGCCAAAGGACCUCAUUUUAAAGAAGGAUAUGUUUCUUCUGAUAUAUUCGACAAUCUUGAUGUGUAUCCUUUGAUGUGUGAAAUUUUGAAAAUCAAACCAGCACCAAAUAAUGGAACCCUUACAACAAUUUCACAAUUUUUGAAAAGUCCAAAGACACAGAAUUGA